AUGCCUGGUUCCGAACUAAUUUCUGGCGGCUGGUUUCGCGAGGAAAAUGAUCAGUGGCCCGGGCAAGCCAUGUCGCUGAGGGUGGAGAAGGUUCUGUACGACGCCCCGACAAAGUUCCAACACCUGACCAUCUUUGAGAGCGACCCAAAGGGCCCAUGGGGCACUGUCAUGGCGCUCGACGGCUGCAUUCAGGUCACGGACUACGACGAGUUUGUGUACCACGAGGUGCUUGGCCACACCAGUCUCUGCUCCCAUCCGAAGCCAGAGAGAGUGCUCAUCAUUGGUGGUGGGGACGGCGGCGUACUGCGGGAGGUGUUGCGGCACGGCACCGUGGAGCACUGUGAUCUCGUCGACAUUGACGGCGAAGUGAUGGAACAAAGCAAGCAACACUUUCCACAGAUCUCCCGCUCCCUAACGGAUCCUCGAGCAACGGUCCGUGUGGGAGAUGGCUUGGCGUUUGUAAGACAGACCCCAGACAACACGUAUGAUGUGGUCAUUAUUGACACCACGGACCCUGCUGGACCUGCAUCGAAGCUCUUUGGGGAGGCGUUUUACAAGGACGUGCUGCGUAUCCUGAAACCGGACGGCAUAUGCUGCAAUCAAGGAGAGUCCAUCUGGCUGAAUCUUGAGCUUAUUGAGAGGAUGUCUCGUUUCAUCAGGGAGACUGGUUUUGCGUCGGUGCAGUAUGCAUUAAUGCACGUGCCCACAUAUCCUUGUGGUUCAAUUGGAACACUUGUUUGUUCUAAGAAGGCCGGCGUGGACGUGACGAAGCCACUGCGUCCUGUUGAGGAUAUGCCGUUUGCGAAGGAUUUGAAGUACUACGACUCGGAAAUGCACAAGGCCUCCUUUGCGCUGCCUCGCUUUGCGCGGCACAUUAACAACUCAGAAUAA